AUGAAAAAAGAUCGUUUGCUAACCUUGACGGCACUUAUUGUGGUGGGUAUAAUGUGCAGUAUGCCGUUUAUAAACUCUAGAGGCCGUAAAGUGCAGAAUGAAAAACCGCAUGGUAAAAGCUCAGGAUUUAUGACAAAUUAUGCAUCUGCUUAUCUGGGUGCCACUCUAACAGAUUUUAGUCAUGCAUGUAAAGGUGCAUCAUCCGUAUUAAAUGAUGAUUCAGAGAAAUAUAUGAUAUGUUCCUGUAAAGCACGACGAAAACUUUUCACUGUUCAAUUAAUUCGUGAGAUUGAGGUUCGCAUUGUAACAUUAGUUUACCUUGAACAUUUUAGUGCCAGUGUGAAGAAUUUCACGUUACUAGGAAGUAGAAAGUACCCUACAAAUGAGUGGCGUGUGCUUGGGAGAUUUGAAACGGGUCCGUGGCGAGGGGCGCAGCAGUUUGAAGUCUCCCCACAGCCACCUGUGCGAUUUGUUCGUCUUUUGUGGGCAACUUCAAACAGUGAUGACUCGUGGUGUACACUGACAUCAUUUAAAGUGUUUGGUGUAGAUGUGUUGGAGACACUAACAGAGGACUACGCCGUAGAUGAGACGGAUGCGUCUUAUCACUCCGCAGAGAUGAUGUUACCAGCACCUCCGGUAGUUGUAAUGCCGGUUCCAUCUACUCAUGUUAAUACAGAUUUAAACACUGAUACAUCAAAAGAACAGGAAGAGCAUAGAGGUAAAGGAGGAAAAACAAGAGGAAGAGCGAAUUUAACAAAUUUAAUUCAUCAAGUAGAUGAAGUUGUAGAAGGAAGAAAAUGGGGUAAUAGUGGAAGUAUUGGUGAUAACACUGUUAGUGGUUAUAGUAAUAGUGAUAAUGGUAAAAACAGGAAAAGUAACGGUAGUAACGUUUACAAGAGUAUUAAUUUGAGUACUUUAUUGUACUGUAAUUACGAUGAGUUUACAGAUACUAACUCUACAAAAUGUUUACCAGAAGAACGCCGUAUAUAUGAACUUCGUUCUAUGUGUAUGUGCCCUUCCAAAACAGUAGCCACUAGCAAGUCGAUACCUUCUUCCAAGUCGUACUAUGGAGGGGCGGCAUUGCAGAUUCUUGCACAGAUGAGCAAACAACUUAAAGCUUUACAGCAGGAACUAGAUGAAUCCCAAGUACAACAAAAGGAAUUAAGAGAAAAAUUAUCAUAUACAGAGGAAUCACUAGGACUUAUUGGUACUCAUCUUCGUGAUACAGUAAAGGUUACUUCUGAAUACCGUGAUAGGUUGAUUGAAUUAAUGAGGGAAAUGGAUAUGAUGAAGUCUCGCCUAGCAAUGCUUUCAGAAUUUCAAAGACCAAAUAAUGGAAGUGUAUCAUUGUGGUUGUGGCUACUCUUCUCUAAUAUAUUGGCGAUUGUGGCCUUUAUUGCUGUAUGUUUUGCUGCACACCAAAAUAAUUCAUCUGUUGCCCAGCAUUUAAGAAAUCUUUCACCUCGGGGAUAA